UUAUCAAUCAGCAUCUGGAUUCAGGAAAAUUUUAUUUCAAAUGAUCGUAUAUUCUUGUUCGCAAUAUUUCAAAUAAUUAUUACGUUUAAUUCGAAAAUUAAUCGCGGAUAAUUAGUUAUUAACCUUGAGGAAUAGUUGUACAAACAAGAAAUGCGUUCGCUUGCUCGUAUUAGUUUCAAUUCGCGAUGGUGUUGAUAUGUAUCCAGUCCGAGUCACACUCGUUAAAUUAUCUUUAGUAUUGCAGUCGAAAAUAUGAUUUUAAGAAGUUCGCCUAUAUCUUGGGUGGUUUUAUUCUUUAAUUUUAUAUUUUGUAACGCUUUGUUUCAUAAAGUCGUCAAGAAAUAUGAUACUCUGCACGCUGAUCACUUGAAACACAACAUCGUCAAACGUGGAUUGCAAGAUAGUGAUCAUCCGUACAAUAAGAUCAAAGAAGUUUCGUUCUCCACCCUAGGAAGAGAAUUCAGACUUAUAUUAACUCCUAAGAAAGGUAUCCUUCAUUCGGAAUUUUCUGCUUCGAGUGUCGAUGAAAAUGGCGAAGAAACACCCAUCAUCGUUGACCAUGAAAGUUUUUACGAAGGACGUCAGUUCGGUGAAUCGGAUUCGCAAGCUAAUGUGCAUAUCGAUGACGGUGUCAUGACUGCCAGUAUCCACAUUGGAGACGAAACUUAUCACGUAGAGCCUUCGUGGAGGCAUUUGCCAGAAUCUGAUAACCGAACAAUGGUCGCCUAUCGUGGAUCUGAUGUACAUUUGAGUUGGGAUCAUCAAGAGAAUGAGGAAACUAGACGUAAACCUUGCGCAUACGUCAAAGAAGGAAAAGAAUUGGAAAUGGAAGGAAACGAAACCAUCGGCGCGUUACUCAGAAGUAAAAGGCAGAUCGAUUCGUACGAUCCUUACGAAACAAAACCGAACAAAACUAGAUGUCCUUUGCUGCUGGUAGCGGAUUAUAGGUUUUUUCAAGAAAUGGGCGGAAGCGAUACUAAAACUACUAUUAAUUACUUGGUAUUUAUUUUAAAUUCUAUAUUCCGAAAUCUUUCUAGUUCUUCUGCUUUGGUUUUCUUCACAGGAGCAGUGGAUACGAUUUUUAUGAACCAUGUUCUUUUCGAUUCAAGAAUAGAAAUUAUCGAAAUCAGUCUGAUCGACCGUGUUCAUAAAAUUUACAACGAUACAAAUUGGCUCGAACGAACCGAAGCGGACGGAUUCAACGGAAUGGGAUUCGUCAUCAAGAAAAUCCUAGUACACAGUGAACCGACUCGAGUUCGCAGUGGAGAAGCCCACUAUAACAUGGUGCGAGAAAAAUGGGACGUUAGAACGUUACUAGAGGCAUUUUCUUCGGCUACAGUAGGCCUCGAUUUUUGUCUGACGCAUCUUUUUACCCACCAAACAUUUAGUGGUAAAGGUACUUACGUAUUGGGUAUGGCGUAUACUGCAUCCUCACGCCCUUACUCUGUAGGCGGAAUCUGCAGUGAAGAAUAUUUCAAGAACGGCUACACAUUGUACUUGAAUUCCGGCCUAAGCUCUAGUCGAAAUCAUUACGGACAACGAGUAAUAACCAGAGAAGCAGAUCUAGUCACUGCUCACGAAUUUGGCCACAAUUGGGGAUCCGAGCACGAUCCAGAUAUUCCAGAAUGCAGUCCUAGCGCCAGCCAAGGUGGAUCUUUUUUGAUGUACACGUACAGUGUUAGUGGUUACGAUGUCAACAAUAAGAAAUUUUCACCUUGUAGUCUUCGGUCGAUUCGUAAAGUGCUGCAAGCGAAAUCCGGACGUUGCUUUUCCGAACCGCAGGAAUCUUUUUGCGGUAAUUUACGUGUGGAGAAAAAUGAAGAAUGCGAUGCUGGUUUGCUUGGUACCGAAGAUAACGACAGCUGCUGUAAUAAAUUCUGCAAAUUGAGGCGUGGUCAUGGAGCUGUAUGCAGCGAUAAAAAUUCGCCUUGUUGCCAAAACUGUCAAUUCAUGCCAGCCCAAGUGAAAUGUCGCGAUGCUCAAUACCCUACUUGCGAGCAAGAAUCCAGAUGCACCGGUAAAUCUGCCGAUUGUCCUCCUAGUCCUCCUAUGCCAGAUGGUACAGUGUGCUUGGAACGAGGACAAUGCCGAGGUGGCAAAUGCAUACCUUUCUGUGAAACUCUUGGCAAACAAAGUUGCAUGUGUGAUGUCGUGCCAAAUUCGUGUAAAAGAUGCUGCCGACCGUCGAUGAAUGAUACUUGCGAACCGAUCGAACCUGUUGAUAUACUUCCCAAUGGGACACCUUGUAUUCAAGGAUUUUGUAAUGAAGGUAUUUGCGAGAAAACUGUGCAAGAUGUCGUCGAACGAUUCUGGGAUAUCAUCGAAGAAAUUAAUAUCAAUAAGUUACUAUUGUUUCUGCGAGACAACGUCGUAGGCACCGUUAUUCUAUUGACAGCUUUAAUAUGGAUACCUGCGUCUUUCUUGAUUAGUUAUUUCGACAAGAAACGCCUACGUAAGGAAGAAAAACGUAAAGAAUGGAACAAACGCGAAGAUAUCAUGUACUUUCCGGCCACCAGCGACGUCGAUUAUUAUCCUCGUAAAAUUAUACACGCCAGAAUACCGCAUAGAAAUUUGGGUAAUCCGCCUACGUCGUCGGGUAAUUGAAAACUACCUAGCUGAAAAUGAGAUUGAAAAUCGACGAUCGUGUACGUUCUUCGUAAAUAAGAUGCGGACGAGUGUUUGGGACUCUGGUUUGGCAAAUUUUGUAACUUAUAUUUUAUCGUUCAUACCUAUGUGAUUCUUUAUUUAUGUACUCUAAAAAAGUACUUACUUUUUCCCCUUUUUUUAUUAUUUAAAUCGCGAAAUCGUUAUUCUCGAAGCGCAGCUAUUUAUGUAUUUUUCGUACAUACGCCUCUUGUACAUAUAAUUGCCGUGUAAAUAUUACGUUCCAUUAUUGUAUAACGAUGUAGUAUUAUUUACGAACAAAUUACGUACGAAGAUGUACGAUAAGGUUUUACGAAAUUACGAAUGACGCGAAUUUUUUUAUCAUGCUUAAGUAGCUAGUUUUAUUUUUUAAUUUUGUAUUAUUUUUUUUUCUGGUUACCUCGAAACUAGUCAUUGAUACCUCAUAAUAUUACUGUUUUGAAUAAACGUUCAUCGAAUUUUU